UUUGGUAGUAGGCGAACUAUAAUUGGAGAUAGUUGGUUUGGGUCUCCAAAGCUUUACAUUACAUUAAUGCAAAAUGGAUUAUAUAGUAUCUUUCAUGUUAAAAAAAGACGUGAAUGGCCAAUUAAUUACCCCUGUGAUAUGGUUCAAAAGCUUGGAAGUGUAUAUGGAUCUUAUUUUUUGAAAGUUGCAAAUAUUGAUAAUAUUAAUUUAAUUGCAGCUUCUUUAAAAGAUCGAAAACCACAGUGUGUUAUUGCAACUGCAUCAACUACAACAAAGGCUGAUGAAGUUAAACGUGUAAUUAAGGAGCAUACUGGUUCUUCUAUAAUUAAAUUUACAAGACCAAAAAUUUUUUAUGAUUAUUCUUGUUCAAAAGGUGCUGUUGAUAUUAAUAACCAG